AUGGCCUGGAAUUUCUACCGCGUGCUCAACCACACCGUCUUCACCGUGCUCUUCGUGAUCCUCUUCUGCCUGGUGAUCUUGACCCCCGCCGACGCCAUCUAUCAAUGCUACAUCACCUCCCGACUCACCAACAUCUUUAUCAUCACCGGCGGAUACGUCGUGACCAUUCUUCUGGCGGCCUUGAUCUAUGCGACGCGGAUCUACACCAACCGCACCGUCCUCUCGGGGAUCCCCAAGGCAUGGAUCCCCAUCGAGAAGGAGGAUGUCGGCAAGGGUGUGCGGCGCUUGGUGAUGGAGGGACUGGCUCGCAGCGCCAUCGUGGCCUACCAGGCUCGGCCACGAGACAUGGCGGCCGAUGGGAACCGUUUUGAUGACUACCCGAUGCUUGUGGUCGAUCGCGACCAUCCACCCUGGGAACACGUCGAGCACCCAGGCUGGUCGUCCCCGUCGUCUACCGAUCUGCCCGAUCUGCCCUACAAGACUGUCAUUCAGGAGUUGCCAAAUCUCAUCGAAGCCAAGGCGGUCUCCCUUGCGCCCCCGGAUCCCCUUUUCGCCUUCAACCACGCUUCUUCUUCCGCCGACGUCGAUCCUGCCCCCCCGGAUACGCGCGUAGUGGAAGUCAUGCGGCGACCAGCUUCCAUGGGACUACGGGAGUAUCUACAACAUCUGGCUGGAUUGGAUAUGCUCCAUCCACCGGAGAUUGGAGCAGAGUUUCUCGCCCUCUACGAACGUGCUCGCUUCUCGGCGCACGAGCUCUACGAACACGAAUUCCACCAGUUGAUGCAUGUCUUUGCGGAGCUCUUGCGGGGGAUGAAACUCGAGGAUCCUCAGAUCCUGGGAACGGUCGGAGAUGACAGUUCCCGCGGUGCGAGUGAAUCCAUCAUCGGACCGUCGGACGAGGAGGGUGAGACCGAUACGAUGGACUUCCAUGACGACAGCGAGGCGCUCUCCCGCGGCCGGAGUCACAGUCGACAGAUAUCGAAUGCAUCAACCUGGGAAGCCCACUCGCUGUACAGCACCCCGCCGAAACCGCGCCUUAAUCCUCGAUUGCAGGAGCCGCAUCGCACACUAGCUGUCCCUCAAACGCCGUCCCUGCGCUCGCUGCGACCGAUGCGAUCGAACACGUCCGAGAGCUCAGAGGGGAGCGUCAUCCGCUUGGUAGAACCUCAGGGGCCGGGGGACCUCCCGUACACCAUCAACUUCAAUCCGAAUGGUCGUCCGUACGGACAAUAA